AUGACAAUCCCCAAAUUCCGUGACUCCAGCCAUCGCCGAUGCACACAGCACAGCUGCCAACGUGACGCACUCCGCCAACACACCAGGAUUGCCUCUUACAAAGAGCUCAAUAGGGACAUUCCCUUCCCUCCCACAUCCAGUGCAUCAAUUGACACCAUCUCUCCGCCGCCUCCGCCACCAUCUACUCCACAAAAUUCCGCCACAACGCAUCACAUCUUACCCAUCCCCGCUUUCUAUCUCCACCGGGAAAACGGCGUUACUGUCCCGCUCAUCCCGCUGGAUGAGCUUCCCUCCUGGCUCCGGAUUGGGAGGGAAGACUGGUAUAGUUUCGAAUGGCAGCGAUAUAUGACCCCUGUCAAUGACCAAGCCACCAUUAGGAUCGGUGAGUACGAAGUGUUUGCAGUUUGGGAGACGGGGGUGUAUGAAUUGCCAACAUGGAGGCGAGUGGGAGUUCAGGCAGGCGGGGAUGGGGCUGGCACUGGGACCGGUGGUAGAGGGGAAGGUGAAGAGGAAGAGGGAGUAAGGGUGACAUACCAUUUAGAUCGAAGAGAGGCUUAUGGGAGUGGAGAUAAUACGGACGCGUUACCAAAUGACAGGGGACGGACACCAGAGUCUACACAGAGAAUAAUGGGUGGAUAUGGAACUGCGUACGAUGCAGAUGACGAGGAGCAAGUGGAGUGGGAUGGAGCAAAUCGAGAACGAGGGACACAUAUUGUCCCACAGGCCCCGCCAUCAUUACCAGAGUGUCUGGACAGUACAAUAUGUAGUGGAGGCGGCGACUGUGAGGAGUUCUCACAUAUUGACAAUGCCCCCUCCCUUGCUAGCGAUAACUACAGCUACUACCAUGGAGAUUCGGCAUUUCGGCGUCCAUAUCACGAUCCGCACCCAUCUCGUCAUCGACAACUUCCUUCUCCCGAUAUCUCCCGACCUCCAUCAAGCACCAGCUGUACCAGCGCUAACUGCCACCUUCUGCACUCUCUAGAAAGUCACUCUGCGACAGAAACAAGUUUGUCGUCAUUGUCCUCUUCUUCUGACUUUCCAAAUGCUCUCUUCUAUGCCCCUAUUUUCCCGCAAGUGCCGUUGGGGUUAACGCAGUCUGCACCCGGUCAUUCGGAACUCAGCAUUUAUUACGGUAACUUCCAGCAUUGGCUGGAAAGUACUGAGACUGGGUCUGAGGGUAUGCAUUCUGCUUAG